UGAAUGGAACAAGUGCCCUGCGUCUCGUCUGCCGGUGCAUCGGCUUGCUGUGUUUCACACAUUACUAUGUCAAGUUUUAUAUCUAAUAGAGCUGGAUUUAAAUAUUGAUCUUUGUUGGAUACACGAGCGAGCCCUGAAGCUGAGUGACCUGGUUUAAGUGCAUCUAACUUUCUUGAAACAACUGUUGAAGUGAGUAAAACUAGAGGGACCACCAACCAUGACAUCCCUGGGGAGCAGUAGUUCCUCCACCACAGAAUACACUGUGCGCGUCCCCAAAAACACUAACAAGAAGUACAGUAUAAUGGCAUUCAAUGCAGGGGACAGAGUUAAUUGCUCAGGCUGGACACAGGCCCGUAUGGAAAGAGACAUGAGUGCUCGGCGGAUAUAUGGGGGGGAGGAGGAGACAACGGACGGAGGAGCAGGUAGUGAGUUUGGUAAAAAACAGCGUGAGGAAGCUCGACGGAAGAAGUAUGGUAUCGUGACCCGAGAGUUCAAAGCGGAAGACCAACCCUGGCUCCUUAAAGUCAAUGGCAAAGCUGGCAAGAGGUUUAAAGGUGUAAAGAAGGGCGGCGUUACAGAAAAUGCGUCCUACUACAUUUUUACACAGUGUCCUGACGGAGCUUUUGAGGCCUUUCCUGUUAAUGGGUGGUACAAUUUUACACCACUGGCAAAGCACAGAACUUUGACUGCUGAAGAAGCUGAGGAAGAGUGGGGCAGACGGAACAAGGUGGUGAACCAUUUCAGCAUCAUGCUUCAGAGACGUCUUCGGGAGGGGGAGCGCGGCGUUGAUGAUGAUGAUGAUGAGACUGAAAAGUCUGGGAAGAAGAAAAAGAAAGGGGGUGGGAAGGGAGGAGACCUGCGCAUUCACGAUUUGGAAGAGGACAUGGCGAUGAGCAGUGACAGUGACAGCAGCAUGGGGGACGAUGGCGAAAGCAAACCAAAGAAGAAGGACACGGGGAAAGGGAAAGGGAAGAAAAAGAAGCGAAAGAGCAAUGAACACGAGGCUUUGGAAGACAGUGAUGACGGAGACUACGAGGGUCUAGAAGUGGAUUAUAUGUCAGAUGAAAGCAGCUCAGAUGAAGAGACAGUAAAAGAAAAGCCAAACAAAGGAGAGGAGCUCCCUAAAGGGGUUGAUGAGGCAUCUGAGAGUGAGGAAGAGAGUGAGGAGGAGAAUCAAAAUGAAGAGGAAGCAAAAGAGGAAGAAGAGGAGGAAGAAGGGAAGAAGACUCCAGUUCAAACGGAAAAGAAGAAGAAAAAAGACAGCAGUGGCGAAUCGGAGAGCUCAGACGACAGUGACAUCGAGGGAGAGACGGCCUCCGCCUUGUUCAUGAAAAAGCGCACACCUCCUAAACGUGGAGGUGGCCGUGGCUCGGCCGGCAGCUCCAGGACGGGCAGCCGCCCUGGAACCCCGUCCAUAGACCCCGCAUCCACGUCCAGCACGCUGCGUGCUGCUGCCAGCAAGCUUGAGCAAGGGAAGAGACCACCUCAGGGUCCGAGUACUGACACACCUGCGGCCAAAAGACUUAAAAUGGAGCCCAGCACUCAGAGCCCGGGUGCUUCUGGGAAGAGCACACCUCAACCCACAUCAGGCAAAUCCACUCCUAGCUCAAGUGAUGUGCAGCUAACCGAGGAGGCGGUACGGAGGUACCUGAUCCGUAAACCGAUGACCACCAAAGAUUUGCUGAAGAAAUUCCAGACCAAGCGCACAGGUUUGAGCAGCGAGACGACCGUCAACGUGCUGGCACAGAUUCUGAAGCGCCUCAACCCGGAGCGAAAGAACAUCAACGACAAGAUGCACUUUUACCUCACGGAGUAACCAUGAACAGAUGAAGUUAGAGACAGCCCGGAUUUGAGGAAAGAGCCAGUGUGUAGUAACUGAGACGCCUCAGAACCAGAAGAAUCUGUCUUCACUGAUUCUGCAUUUUGUUGAGGAUUCUGAAUUUGGUGAAAAUCCAAUGAAUCCUUGGAUGGUUUGAAUAUUUUUGCAGUAUAAACAGUUUAACUUCAAUUUUGGUUAAACCUAGUGUUUAGAUUUUUUUCUUAUGUAAAACUUUUUGAAUAAAAUUUAAAAUGGCUUUCUCUGUCCCUCAUCUGUCUCAUUUAACAUGCUUGUUCAGCCUCAGGAAGAGCAAGCUGCAGUUUGUGGGCCUGACAUGAAGUGAUUAAUAACGGGAUUGCACAACAGUUGAGGACGUCUUUGAAGCUUAAAGCACAGCAAAACCUUACUACCCUGUCAGGGAAUGUAAAUAACUAAAGGCCCUUGUUUUUAUUCACGUUGUCUGGCGUCACAGUAAUUUGUUACAUGGAACAUUUUAUUUUAUUAGCUCUUUUGUGUUAUCAAAUCAGUAAAUUUGACAAUGGAGGGUUUGUUAGAAGAUUCUGUAUCACAAGAUUGAGAUUUCGUAUUACAGCAGCAUUAUUGUUUAAUCGGAGUCAUUUAGGGACACAUUUUCAACUAGCUACAUACAACAUAACUUGCUGUCGGCUGAAUUUAUACCAAAGUUUAUGA